UAUUCUCAUAUACAAGCAUUUAUGUACCAUGGCAUAGAUGGCACAGACACAACAGUUCUUCGAGGAGAGGUUCUAAUCGCUCUACGCUUGAUAAAUGCGCAAAUGAGGCGAUCCAGCUUUUUCAAGCACCUGACUGUUCUGCUUUUCUCGUUCAUGGGACCCCAACAUGCUCGGCUGCUCGAGGCUUACUUUGACGGCACUUCGCUGGUGGUGCGUCGGACCCGGUUAUUCGACCUUCGCAAGAAGGAUCAGACUGUCAUCAAGACCAUCGCCCAGUGGCAUUUUGCUAAGCUAAUUGAGGAUACCAAGAAGUUGUGGGAAUCCGGGUCUCAGACAGCUACAGAGGCAUGA